GAGAUUUCCCUAUUCUUUUCAAAUGGCUUUUGGGGCCAGAAGACCCUUUUCUGUGCUGCGUUCGGCGUGUUGUGGUUUUAAUAGUGAUCUUGGUCCGGUGCGAGCGUGAGUUUAAUCUGGUAUCUCCUUUCCACUCUGAAAGAUCCUUUCGGGCGUUUUUUUCUCAUCAAUUGAAAAAAGCCUCCGCGGGUCUCAGUCAGUGCACGAACAUACUUUGGCAUGCAUCUAUGCCCUGCAUGUGAAGAUAAGCGACAUGAAAUUAUUUAUUUGGAGUUUUUUCCGUCUUUAACGCCACUUUUGAAUUCUUUGUGCUUUCGUGUUGUAAUCGUUUUUUGUAUUUAAUACUGUCUUGUGUUCCAACCUACAAUGAAAGUGUUUAGUUUUUUACUGAAGUGGACGUUUAUCCUGCUGCUGAGUAUCUGCUCGUGUGUUCCUGAAGAAAGCCCAACUUCAUCAGACAUUGUGAAUCCUUGUUGCUAUUACCCUUGUCAAAACCGAGGGAUUUGUGUUCGUUACGGUCUGGACAGAUAUGAAUGUGACUGCACCAGAACAGGCUUCUACGGAGAAAAUUGCACUAUACCUGAGUUCUGGUCUCGAGUCUAUCAGCUCCUGAGGCCCAGUCCUCACAGUGUCCAUUACAUCCUCACCCACUUCGACUGGCUAUGGAACAUCAUCAACAGGACUUUCCUCAGGGAUUGGCUCAUGCAAAAAGUGCUUACAGUAAGAGCCAACUUAAUCCCAAGUCCCCCAACUUACAAUUCCAAAUAUGAGUACUUGAACUGGGAAGCGUAUUCCAACCUCACCUACUACACAAGACUUCUCCCCCCAGUCCCUCAGGACUGCCCAGUGCCAAUGGGAACCAAAGGAAAAAUGAAACUUCCAGACCCCAAGCUCCUGGCAGAGAAGUUCCUGUUAAGGAGGAAUUUCAGACACGACCCUCAGGGAACAAAUUUAAUGUUCGCAUUUUUCGCUCAGCACUUCACGCACCAGUUUUUCAAAACUCACAACCGCGUUGGACUUGGGUUCACAAAAGGCUUGGCUCAUGGGGUGGAUGCUGGACACAUUUACGGAGAUACUCUUGAUCGCCAGCUGGACCUCAGACUGCACAAAGACGGGAAGUUGAAGUACCAGGUGAUGAAUGGUGAGAUGUAUCCCCCCACAGUGCUGGAUGCACCGGUCAAAAUGAGCUACCCGCCGUCUGUCCCCCCGGAACAGCAGCUGGCCAUUGGGCAAGAAGUGUUUGGCCUGCUGCCGGGUCUCAGCAUGUACGCCACCCUUUGGCUGCGUGAGCACAACCGUGUGUGUGAUAUCCUGAAACAAGAACAUCCUACCUGGGGGGAUGAGCAGCUGUUUCAGACCACCAGGCUCAUAAUUAUAGGUGAGACCAUUCGUAUUGUGAUCGAGGAGUAUGUACAGCAUCUGAGCAGUUACCGGCUGAAGCUCCAGUUUGAUCCCACGCUGCUGUUCAACUCACAGUUUCAGUACCAGAACCGCAUUGCUGUGGAGUUCAAUCAGCUUUAUCACUGGCACCCACUCAUGCCUGACAGCUUCCAAAUUGAUGGAAAGGACAUUCACUAUCCUCAGUUCAUUUUCAACACCUCUAUCCUCACCCACUACGGGGUGGAGAAACUGGUUGAGGCAUUCUCAACCCAACCUGCGGGACAGAUUGGAGGUGGAUAUAAUAUUCACCCAGUGGUGCUCAGAGUAGCAGAGGGGGUCAUCAUUGAAUCAAGAGAGCUUCGACUUCAGCCCUUCAACGAAUAUCGCAAGAGAUUCAAUCUGAAACCCUACAAGUCAUUUUUAGAAUUGACAGGAGAAGAAGAGAUGGCUAAAGAACUAGAGGAACUAUAUGGUGAUAUUGAUGCUCUGGAGUUCUACCCAGCUCUUUUGCUAGAGAAGACCAGAUCUGGUGCGAUAUUUGGCGAAAGCAUGGUGGAAAUGGGGGCCCCAUUUUCCCUCAAAGGCCUCAUGGGAAAUCCUAUUUGCUCACCUGAGUACUGGAAGCCCAGUACAUUUGGGGGAAAGACAGGUUUUGAUAUAGUAAACUCUGCUACUUUGAAGAAACUGGUUUGCCUCAACACAAAAUGGUGUCCGUAUGUAUCUUUCCAUACUCCUCCACCAGAUUAUAGACAACAGAGGACAUCUCACGGUGAACUUUAGCACAGUUUUAAAUCACUUCUAAUUACAGUUCAAUAUCUGUCUGUGACUACGAGUUAUGUUGUGACUUCACCUUAUGGGGUCUUACUUGGGAAUCCUCUUGGAUUAAGAGAAAAUGGCUAUGAAGUUUGGAUUUGUUAUGCAUGCCUGAGCCCCUCCCUGUGCUUGCGGGUAUAAAUAGGUGACAGGUGCAUCCUCUUAUCAUAUUUUUACUUCAGAGCUGAUUAAAUGAACAAUGUUUGAGAUUCACCAGACAAAUUCUAUAGACCUUAGGCUCAGAAAACACUUUAUUAGUAAAUAAUUCAAAUAUCUUUCUGUGAUUUUUUUUUUUUUUUUUUUUUCUCCUCUCUCCCUGACACAUUCAUGAUAACAGUUGCUGGGCUUUGUAAGGAAUGGAGACGCUAUGGCCCCUUGCCACAACCUCAAACGUAUCACCAGUUUCCAGGGACAAGUUCUUAGCUCCUUAGCAUUGCCAUUUUCUCUUAAUCAAAGAGGAUUCAGGCUCCCAAGUAAGACCCAUAAUGUAGAGUCAUGACCUAUCUUCGUUCCCUCCUUUCGUUACGUACGAAACCGAGAUGAUGUAAAUGACAAUGUAUUGUUUUGUAAAUCAGAACUGAGUUAGUUAUGACAAUUGUUAGAGUUGUUUUGUUUUGUUUUGUUUUUUAAUAAGGUGACUGAAGAAUUCAUUUUCAUAGUAUUAUAAUAUCAUUAAUAUUUUAUGGGUUAUAAAAGAAUGUUUAUUACUAUGGAAGCAUAUGGGUAGCCUAUUCAUUUUGAAAGGUAAUAUGUAAAAUUUCAAUCCAAUAUGUAAAUGCCCCCCAAAAAUCUAAUAUGUCAUAUACCCAAAUUCAUUAUAUAUUUUGCGUAACCAAGGAAAACUUUUGCAAAAUCAUAAUUUAAAUGCUGUUUUAGCUUAAAAAAAAAAAAUUUGACUUACACAUUGGAAACUCGGAACUGCAUUUUCAUCUUAAUACCCACAUGAUCAUUUCAGAGUGCAUUCAGAACCAAAGGUGCAGCAAAAGAGCAGCACAAUGGUGAUUUAAAUGUCUUUUUAUUUUUUUAAAUGCAUAAUUUUAAUGCAUUAAGUGAGUCUUGCACUUAAUGUGUUUUAAAUUGCAUUUUAAAUAAUGUAGAUUUGAAAAUGUAUUCUCAGGUAAUCAUGCCCCGACCUGUCAAGCAUCAAUACGCAGUUAAUAUUCCCCAUUAACCAAAUGCUUUUUAUCUGCCUCAACAUCUGUUUACAAUCCGAUGCACAUGAGCAAACGGCCAGCGCUAUUCUACAGGUGUUUACCCUUUUGACAAUUUUUUUAUAUAUAUAUUAGUAUUUUAUUCUCAUGGAUCACGCAUGUCAGAUCGAUGUGACACUGCUGCCUCAACAUCUUACUGUUUGCUGGUGAAAAGUGUUUGGUUAAUGGGGAAUAUUGACCUGUCGUGCGUCUUGUUGCUUGAUGUGAUUAUUGACAGGUCGGGGGCGUGAUCACCUCAGAAUGCAUGUUCAAAUCCACAUAGGCUUAAACUACAUUAUCAUAAGGUAUCCGAUGAAAAUGCAGUUUAAGCGCCACAAGUGUAAAUCUCAAUGCAUUUAAGAAAAAUAAAAUGAUGAGAUGAAAUGAAAUGAAAUCCUAAUUUUCCGACUUGCAAAAAAAGUAUGUUUUUAAUGAGCAUAUUUUUCAUAUUACAACCCAUAUUCUUCCAUAUUACAACAUACACAAGCAUUUUAUGCAUUUAACUGACCCUUUGGAUCACGCAACUAUUGCCACCUGUCAGAUUUAGUUCUUUUAUAAUUCAAUCCCACAAUACAUUCUCACCUGCUUUAAGAGCAUAUUUUACUGAAUAUCAUGCUACUUACAGUAAUCUCAUAACUAAAGGGUUGAUGAUUUCCUGGUUCAUACCGAAGAAUCCAUAUUCUUGACAAUUCACUUUAGACCAUGAAUAUGGGCAUUUCCUGCCUUAUUACCUACUUAAGCCUUCAAAGCAGUGUAACCUUAAAUCAUCAGCAGGAUUCAGUCUUACAGAUUUUUUUUUUAACUUUCUUUACUGAUACUUAUGUUGCCAAACAACCAUUCAUCUUUCAAACUGCUUCUCUUACGUAGGUUUUUGUAGUCUAUCACAUUGGUUGGAUGACCUGUACAUCACAGGCCAAUGAAACAUUUAGUUUAAUUCAUAGUCAAAAAAAGAAAAGAAAAAGUAUUCCGUCCAUUUUAUGUUUAUGCUGAAAAAAUCAAUUGUAUUUGCUGCCUCGAAGUCUGUUCUGUUAAGUAAUUUCCAAUGCACUGUUCAGUUUUCCUUGAACUGUGGAUCUGUGAUGGCCAGUGUUGAAUUCAUUUAUGAACUUUUGACGUGAAUGAAUGUAACCUCACAAUAUUCCUGUAUAAUUUCCAAGCAAAAUACAGUAAUUAGUAGUAGCAUUACUGAAAAUUAUCUGCAAUAUGAUGUCAAAAUAAUAUCUGUAUGUCUGAUCAUUUACAAAAGAGGUUUAAAAAUAAAAAUUGCUAAUUUUA